CUUUAUGGCUUCUAUCAUUACGCAGGUACAACAUACUGGUAACACAAUCAAUGAAAGGAAAUCCAAGCAACAUUUACCCAGCUUGAUCAGUUUAUCUCUUCGAGGUGCCCGUAUCAAUCUGGACAAAGAUACUCUCUUGGAAUUACCCGAGAGUAUGCUUGUAGUGAUGUUUCCACAUGGGUUUGUACUAGAUGGGCAAGAAGACAGUAAGGACCGAUUUUGCACCGUGGAUUUCAAUAUGGAUUGUCUUUUAUAUGUGCUAGAUUAUUUCGAAAAAGCCAAAUCGAAUUUUAAAUCGGAUGAGUUUGCACAAGAUGCGUAUUUGGCUCAUGCAGUUGUAUCAGGUAUACCCCUGAAUCCACUCUUGACCAAACAAGCGAUUGUUGUGCUACGUGAAGAGCUGGAAUUCUUCCUGGUGCUGGAUAGCAUAUCGCCUAGUCUGAAACAAAAGAGUGGAGAGUGGCUGGUACAGCAGAAUUUGGUAUUUGAAGCACUUUUGAAGAAUGAUAAGGAUGCAGACGACAACGGUGAGAAUCGUGUAGCAGAACAUCAUCUGAUAGAUAUGUUGUGUCAUGCUGGUUUCUCUAAAAAGGAUCAUUGGCACCAUCGCUCCACAGAGCCAAAUAAAACCAGUGUCAGUAGCUUAUCUUUGGUCUCGCUUACUCAAGCCAGUCGAAUGGCCGUCGGCCAAAAGUUGAUCAUGUUCUGGAGAAAGCCUGCAAGAAAGUGUUGGUGGUCAAAGUCAAUGGCAGAUAUUGAUAAUCAGCUUAUAAAGCUAUGGUGUCGUAGGACAUGGACACUUGAAUUAAUUCUCUUGUAAAUAAAAACAGC